GUAACAAGUCCGUAACACCAAUACUACUCCCACCUAGAUCGUUUUUUACCGCAGUUGAAAGCGGAAUAUACAAAAUUAUAGCUCCUUAGGCUAGAUCUUUAACGAACUACGGUUACUUUUAAAUCUAACCACGGUUAAACAGCCCUACUUCCCACUACCAGAUUCUGCUUAUAAACGACCAAAGCUUGCCGGUGUUUCUGUAUACAAAUCUCACAAGCCAAAAAAAACCACACCAGAUCAAGCGAAAAAUGAUGCUCGGAGAAACUCAUCGUCCCAAUCCAACGAUCCACGUUCCACCUUGGCCUAACCUUGAAGAUGAUCAAACGGCUGAGGUUUACUCUCUUCUCAAUUACAAUGCGGCCGACAACCACUUCAGCAAUAACAGCAACCCGUUUUUCCUCCAGGAAGCGUUAACAGCGCUGCAAUGUUACUUGCCAUCGAAUGAACCGGAUGUGGAGUCGGAUUCUGAGCUUUCGGGUCUUGACAACCCGGAUUCUCCUGUUGAUGCUUACUCGUGUGAUCAUUUCAGGAUGUUUGAGUUCAAAGUUCGGAGAUGUGCACGUGGCCGGUCACAUGACUGGACUGAGUGUCCGUACGCUCAUCCAGGUGAAAAAGCUCGUCGGAGGGACCCGAGGAAGUAUCAUUACUCUGGUACGGCUUGCCCUGAUUUCAGGAAAGGAAACUGUCGAAAAGGAGACGCUUGCGAGUUCGCCCAUGGGGUUUUCGAGUGCUGGCUCCACCCGGCUCGUUACAGGACACAGCCAUGCAAAGACGGGCCGGAUUGUAGGCGUCGGGUUUGUUUCUUUGCUCAUACUCCAGACCAGCUUAGGGUUGUGAACUCUGUUGAUUCUUAUGAUGGUGCACCUUGUGCAAAAGCACUGACUCUUUGGUCUUCCUCUGGUUCCGGUUCUCCUCCGGUGAGUCCGCGGGCUGAUUCUUCACCGCCUGUUUCACCUAUGGCUCAGUCUCUGAGUCGUUCUCUGGGUUCGGCUUCUAUUAAUAAGAUGGUGGCUUCUUUGAGGAAUUUGCAGCUUGGUAAAGUUAAGUCUUUGCCUUCGUCUUGGAACACGCAAGUAGGUGGUGGUUCUCCUUCUACUCCUUCUGGGUUCGGGUCUCCCAGAGGGGCAGUUAUCCGACCCGGUUUCUGUAGCCUGCCUAGUACUCCGACCCGAAACUUGACCCGUCCUGGUAUUGGGUACUUGGAUUUCUUGGAUCAAGGGUGUGAAGAAGAACCUUUGAUGGAAAGAGUCGAGUCUGGAAGGGAUUUACGUGCAAAGAUGUUUGAAAAACUGAGUAAAGAGAAUUCUUUGGAGGUUAACCCGGGUCAGUUUUCUGGAGGUCUGGAUGUGGAUUGGAUUACGGACCUGGUGAAAUGAAAAAAAAAAAUAUAUGGAAGGGGAAGGGGAAGUGAGCUAGCUCGCUCAAUUCCAAGUCAAGGAGGGACUGAGUGGCUACUGGGUAUAGAAAGAAACAUCUCAGAAAAGAGGACACUGAGAGUUUAUGCACAAGUGGACUUUACUUGUUCUUUUUAUUUAUAACCCUUCCAACACGCAACAUCAUGAAAUGGGAUCUUAUUCAACAGCUUUGAUAAAAGAUGAUUGGUACGUCCUGGUUAGGUUACGAAGAUGAUCGAGGUACUCUCAUGGAGUCUCAACCGUCCGAUCGUUUGACAAAAAAUUCUACGGUGAUUUUGGACGUGCAAAACUAUAGACCGAAUCAUAGUUUUAGAUAUAGGCACCUUUU